GUCGCAGCAGCCGCUCUCUCUCUCUCGACCUCCCUCAUUUAUCGUGUGAGAGAGCUUCGCUCUCCGCCAUGGAUUCGACUCGAGCUUUCAUCAAAGACGUAAAGCGCGUAAUCAUCAAGGUUGGAACUGCUGUCGUGACCCGAGCUGAUGGAAGAUUAGCAUUAGGCCGACUUGGAGCUCUUUGCGAGCAGGUUAAAGAAUUGAAUACUCAAGGCUUUGAGGUUAUUUUGGUUACUUCAGGUGCUGUUGGUGUUGGCCGUCAACGACUAAGAUACCGGAGAUUAGUAAACAGCAGCUUUGCUGAUCUCCAGAAACCACAAGUUGAACUUGAUGGAAAGGCUUGUGCAGCUGCUGGACAGAGUGGCCUCAUGGCUCUCUAUGAUGCCUUGUUUAGUCAGUUGGAUGUGACAUCUUCCCAGCUUCUUGUGACUGAUAGUGAAUUUCAUGAUCAAGAGUUCAGGAUGCAACUUUCUGAAACUGUGAAUUCGUUGUUAGCUCUCAGGGUUAUUCCCGUUUUUAAUGAAAAUGAUGCAAUCAGUACCAGGCGAGCACCGUAUGAGGAUUCAUCUGGUAUCUUCUGGGAUAAUGACAGUUUAGCAGCUUUAUUGGCUUUGGAGUUGAAAGCUGAUCUUCUUAUUCUUUUGAGUGAUGUGGAUGGCUUGUAUAGUGGCCCACCUGGAGAACCACAUUCGAAGCUUAUCCAUACAUAUAUAAAAGAAAAGCAUCAGGGAGGGAUCACAUUUGGAGACAAAUCCAGGGUGGGAAGAGGGGGUAUGACUGCUAAAGUAAAAGCUGCUGUUUAUGCAGCUUAUGCAGGUAUCCCUGUUGUUAUUACCAGUGGUUUUGCAACUGAUAACAUCAUAAAAGUACUUCAAGGAGUACGUGUUGGUACUCUCUUUCAUCAGGAUGCAUAUUUAUGGGUCUCAUCCAAAGAAGUUGGUGCCCGCGAAAUGGCUGUUGCAGCAAGGGAAUGUUCUAGGCGACUUCAGACCCUAUCUUCACAGGAUCGAAGGAAAAUUUUACUGGAUAUUGCUGAUGCUCUGGAAGCAAAUGAGAACUUGAUCAAAGUUGAGAAUGAUGCUGACAUCGUUGCUGCACAAAUGGAUGGAUAUGAAAAGUCAUUGAUAUCUCGACUGACUUUGAAGCCAGGAAAGAUCUCAAGUCUUUCAAAAUCCAUUCGUGUGCUUGCUGACAUGGAUGAUCCGAUUGGUCAUGUUUUGAAGAGAACGGAGCUUGCAGAUGGGCUUAUCUUAGAAAAGACAUCAUGUCCCUUGGGUGUUCUCCUGAUUGUUUUUGAGUCCCGGCCAGAUGCACUAGUUCAGAUAGCUUCAUUAGCUGUCCGAAGUGGGAAUGGCCUUCUCCUGAAAGGAGGGAAAGAAGCCACUCGAUCUAAUGCCAUCUUGCAUAAGAUUAUCACUUCAGCCAUCCCCAAGUCCGUGGGUGAAAAGCUUAUUGGACUCGUGACUUCAAGAGAUGAGAUUCCUGAUCUGCUGAAGCUUGAUGAUGUGAUAGAUCUGGUAAUUCCAAGGGGCAGUAAUAAGCUUGUUACUCAAAUUAAGGAGUCAACAAAAAUUCCUGUUCUUGGUCAUGCUGAUGGAAUCUGUCAUGUUUAUGUGGAUAAAUCGGCCAAUAUGGAUAUGGCAAAGCACAUUGUUUCGGAUGCGAAGAUAGAUUAUCCGGCAGCCUGUAAUGCUAUGGAAACACUUCUUGUGCAUGAGCAUCUGUUGAAGACUGGUGGGCUUAAUGAACUCAUUGUAGAGCUCAAAACUGAAGGUGUUUCUUUAUAUGGUGGGCCAAGAGCAAGUGCUAUAUUAGAUAUUCCGGCGGUACAUUCAUUCCAUCAUGAGUACAACUCGAUGGCUUGCACGGUAGAAAUUGUGGACGACGUGCUUGCUGCCAUUGACCAUAUACAUCGUCAUGGAAGUGCACACACUGAUUGCAUAAUUGCGGAAGAUCGUGAAGUUGCAGAAAUCUUCCUUCGUCAGGUUGACAGCGCUGCUGUCUUUCACAAUGCAAGCACACGAUUUUGUGAUGGCGCCCGUUUUGGACUUGGUGCAGAGGUUGGGAUAAGUACAAGUAGGAUUCAUGCACGAGGUCCAGUGGGUGUUGAAGGACUUCUAACAACUCGAUGGAUUCUGAGAGGGAGCGGGCAAGUGGUAGAUGGUGACAAAGGAGUAGUCUACACCCAUAAGAGCAUUCCUCUCCAGUUAUAAGAGUUUCUCUAUUUCUAUCCAAUGUUGUUGUCUUCCAUUUUUAGUUUCUCAUAUCUAUUUCUGUAACAAUCUCAAUUACCUUUUUAUUUAAGUUACACGCAUAUUUAUAACUUGAAAGAGAUUGUGGUAUGAACGCUGCUCAAAACCACUGAUUUUGAAUGAAGAAGAUUGUUAUGAUGGCAUGCA